AUGGGCUACACAAUUUUCAUUUCUGUUCGUUUUUGUUUCUGUCUGCUUCCUUUUUCUUCAUCUAUACCUCAUCCGUGCCGCAAAGAUCAAAGCAUUUCCCUUCUAAAAUUCAAGCAGACCCUUACUAUAGAUCACUUAACCGCUUAUAAUUGUAACUGUCAGAAGCCUUAUACAAAAAUGAGUUCGUGGAACAUGAGCAGAGAUUGUUGCUCAUGGGUUGGAGUGAUACACGAUGAGAUGACUGGCCAUGUCGUUGAGCUUGACCUCCAUUGCAGCCAACAUUUUGGGGUGAUCAAUUCCAAUAGCAGCUUAUUCCAACUCUCUCAUCUCAAAAAGCUUGAUCUUUCUUAUAAUUACUUCUACGGUUCUCAUAUCUCGGCUAAAUUUGACAGGAAAAUUCCCUCUGAAAUCUCUCAUCUUUUCAAGUUACAGUCUGUUCGUCAUCUCUCCACAGCUCAUUACACGCUAAGUUUCAAAGCACAUGAUUUUAAAUUGCUCCCCCAGGAUUUGAACCAUUUAAGAGAGCUUCAUCUUUAUGAAGUAAACAUCUCUUCCACCAGCCCUUUGAAUUUUUCUUCUCAUCUGACAACUCUGACCCUAGGAGGGACAGGGUUGUAUGGGAUAAUACCUGAGAGCUAUCUAACUUCACAGCAGUAUCUCUCUCUUACUGACAGAAGCCUUAGAGGACCUAUUCCUGAAUCUCUUUCAAAUCUCACCAGCAUAGAGUCUUUGUUCCUAUCACAGAACUCCCUGAAUGGAACAAUACCAUCAGGGAUGUUCUCCUUUCCAUCACUAAUUUAUUUACGCUUGAAUAAUAACCACUUUUCUGGUCAGGUUGACGAUUUUAAGUCCAAUUAUUGA